AGGUUUUGGUCGAAUAAAAUGGAUCCGAACUUUCUAUACGUUCAGUGAGCGCGGUUGUGUUGAGGUUCCUGUUUGCUUGUCAACGCAAGUUAUCAAGUUGGUUCAAGUUCACAGAGUCAAAGCACAUCAUCAGGAUUGUCAAACCCUAACAUUGGUAGCGUAAGGUUUGGUUUUUGUUUGAAGUAAUUGCGGAUUGCGACAAUUUGAUUUGACUUGAUCGAAAAGGAGCUUGAAAGGUAACCUCUGGACAUGCAAUCGGAUGUAGAAAGGAUAAGAAGGUCUCCUGGAGAUGGUCCUCUUGGAAGUUCAGGCUUGGCAGUCAUGCUUGACAACUUCAGAAGGAGUUUCGAUGAGGAAACGUCUGAAGACAAGACGAUGAGGGAAGUUACGACGGUACCUUCUACCUCAGAAGAGGAUCCGAACGGAAAUCAGCGAGACGUCGCGGGAUUUUCGAGGAUUAAUAUACCUUCUUAUGAUGGAUCGGUCACGCAACAAGUGCGCGACAGGGAGGGCGCAGUAGACUUGGAAAUUUCCAGGAUUGCGUCUCCGGCAUGUUCGACCCGGCCGAGGUUCGAAUCAGUGCAGUUUGAAGAAUUGGUCGCUGCAAACAAGAAGUUGCGAGAAGAAUUGCAACUCGCAAUGGACAUGCAAGUAAAGUAUGAAGCUUUCGUCAAGGAAGUGAUGUUUCGUAAGGAAAGAGAGCUCGUCGAGACAAAACAGGAAAUCUCUGUCCUUAGGGAAGAAAAUAAAAAAAUGUUCGAGGAAAUGAUGCAACGAUUCAGAUUAAAUGAAUCAGGAGCAGUUCAAUACCUUCCGAUCAAGGAACCAAGAGGGGCUGAUGCAACAUGCAAGCAAAAUGAUACGAGCAUGUCGAACGACAUGUCAAAUCAACAUGUCAAGCAGCAGUCUUCCCUUGUGAAGUUUCAUUCCAAGGAUAUUUCUCGAUUUAAUGGAGAAAUGACUCUAGAAUAUUCCGUGGCAAGUUGGUUUGGGGAGCUUGAGUUUCAAUUCCAGCGUCAAAGAAUCCCUCCAGAUCAAAAGGUUGACAUUGCUGCAACAUUAGUUGGUAAUCGUGUGAGGAAUUGGUUGCAAACAUUGCGUGGCGAGGAUAGAUUAAUUUCCACACAAGGUACUUGGGAAUCAUUCAAAUCGUUGCUGGUGAAGGAGUAUUUGUCGUUGUCGCACUUGCAGUAUAUUUUGGGUGAGAUUCAAUGUACGAUACAAGGGUCAGAGGAAAAGACUUCGGAUUUUGUCAACAGGUUUUCAGCUUUAGCAAAUCAUUUUAUUGCUUGUUGCAUGGUAUUAUUUCAUGAACAAGGACAAGUCGAGACAGCUUGCACGAGGUUUGGUCUUGAACGGUAUUUCGCACAGAAUUUGUUCAAUGAGGUGACCGCGAGUUUCGUCAUGAGGUUGUUGAUUGACUUGGAAAAGCAAAAUGUGAACAAGACUUUGAGUAUUGGGAGUUUGUUACCAGCAUUGUAUCGAGAAGCUAAGUCCAUGGAUUUGACAACCGGUGCGUAUAGGAAUGACAGAUCAACGCAUCAUGAGGUUUCGUACGAUGAUGAGUCAGCGGUGGAUACCGACGAAGAUUCUCAGCAUUCAUCUUCGACUCAGGAUGAGCAGGACUUACGUGAAUAACAUUGGCCUAAUGCACUUCGCGCUACUCAAUUGAAAUGACUUGAGUUGGCUGCCGUUUUCUUGUUAUGCAGUAUCUUAAUGAUCAGCGAAGUUCAUAGAGAUGUUUCUCAGAUGAUAAUGCGCUUGGGAGCGUAUGUUAGGGGUUACGUAAGCGGUUACGAAUACUUCAGUCAACUAGCUGUCUUAUCCGGUCGGUUUGGUUGGUUUGGUAGGUUUUGGUCGAAUAAAAUGGAUCCGAACUUUC